CCUAUCCUUUUCUGUCUUUCACUGAGAAUUCAAAAAAUCAAAGUAACAGGGGUAUAAUAGUAACUCAAGCAAAACUAAAUAUAUUUUAUUGUUUUUACAAUUUAUUUUGGAUAUUCUGGAAGUACAAAUUUUGGUCUUAAAAAUCAAAUUAAAUCCGCUUAUAAAUUGCCCGUUAGAGAAGCCAUCAGCUUCCCUGCAUUUUUCAAGAGGAAUCAUCACUGACGUCAUGUCGUCACGAGUUGGAGAGCUGGACAGCGGCGUGGGGUCAAGCGGCAGCGAGGAUAUGAUGACCAUGGAUCCUACAGAGCAUAAUUUUGCCCUUGAAUUGAAGCCGGCCCCAAAGCAGCUCUGCAUCCCGAUGCACCAGCGCCUGACCAGCUCGGAAACCAACGUAUUCCAUCGGGAUGUGGACUACGAGGUGCCGGACAAGUCCUGGUCGGUUCUGUACAUUGGAACCACCAAGGAGAAGGCCCUGAAGUAGCGCAAGACCAAGACCAACCGCAGCAUCCCCCACAGCUUCUCCGUAGCACAUCCUGCAUUCCAAUUGAAAUCGAUUUCCUGCAAACACAAUGGGCCACUCAGCGAUUGAGUCCUUCGCCACCACAUCACUCAGUCAUCCAUCAGACGUCGCGAAAUGUUAUAUAAAAUUUAAAUUCGCCCUCGUGCCAUUGCAUAUA